GCCGAGUCUAUUUAAAUAACACAGAUACAGCUUGCUCAAUCGUUUUUAUGAAGCCUCCGAAAGGUUGCAAGGUGUAACAGAUCAUCACUGCGAAUCGGGCAUAUCAACAUAAGAAAUGGACCAUUUUCCAUUAAUAUAUAUCGGGUUAUGUAUGGUUUCUUUUGCGUUUGGAUCUGAUGUCAUUAAUGUGGUAGAGGUCAUGACCCCAUCUGGUUGGGUAAGGGGAUACGAGGAACUACAUGACGUAGGACAGGUGUACAGAUUCGUAAAAAUUCCAUAUGCCCAACCCCCGAUAGGAAACCUACGUUUUGAGAAAACAAAACCUAUUGGAGAAUGGAAAGGGGUCAAGGGAGUUCGAGAUGUAAAUGCUCCUCAAUGUUCUCAAACAGCAUAUCCAGUGCCUGGAUUUGAUGCAUUGGAAACUGAUGAAGAUUGUCUAUAUCUGAAUAUAUAUGUACCCGGCAAAAUUUCUAAGGAGAGAAAUCUGUCAGUUAUGGUUUGGAUACAUGGCGGGGGAUUUGUGUUAGGCGGAGCUAGUCUGUAUAAACCUCAGAAGCUAGUGCUAGGAGGGAAUGUUAUUGUCGUUACCAUUAAUUAUAGAUUAGGUCUUCUGGGAUUUAUGACACUAAAUGACCCUCUUGCACCAGGAAAUUACGGACUUUGGGAUCAGAUCGAGGCUUUUCGAUGGAUUCAGAAUAACAUUGCAGCAUUUGGAGGCAAUCCAAAUUCCGUUACUAUAUUUGGACAGUCAGCAGGUGCUAUGAGUGUAAGUCUUCAAACCUUAAUCCCAUCAAACAAAGGGCUUUUUCAAAGAGCCAUUUCACAAAGUGGAGUAGUUUCAUUUUUUUCUUUUUCAAGAAGAGAAGAAGAAAAACGGACCAAUGAUUUGGUACUUAAAAAAUUGAAUUGCACAGGAAAGCAAGAUGUUGCAGAAACUCUGAAGUGUUUGCGAGACGUCCCGGCAGAAAAUAUAACAGCGACAAUAGACGGGAUAUCAAUGGAAUUUCAGAAACCUUUAAAUUUAAGUUUUGAACUAGGUAGCAUGGUUCCAACAGUUGAUGGUGAAUUGUUCAAAGAACAUUUGGCAUAUCCAAAGUCUUGGGACGAUGAAGUUUAUAGCUUUUUCCGUAGUAUCGACUACAUGUCAGGAACAUCGGAUGGAGAAGGAAUUAUGUUGCAUAUGAUGCUUUCUGCAGAGAUUCAAGAACAUUUCAAAUUUAACGUGACCGAACGAGUACCCGUAAGCGUUUUAUGUGAAAUAUGUGCUCCAUUAUUUGUAGAAACUGCUGCUGGAAAUAUUCCGGAACUAACUCAGGAAAUAUGCGAGUUUUACACUACAUCUAAAGGUGACGAUGAGCAGAGUAUGAGAGUGGCUGAUUUUUACGGUGACUCGUGGUUUAUCGUUCCUGGCAACAUCGUCUUAGAAAUUCGUGCAAUAAACAAUAAUAAAGCUAAAACAUACCAAUACUUAACCACCAAACGAACUCCCUUUCCUUUUUUUCCAGAAGCACCAGCCUGGUUAAAAGGAGCUGGUCAUGGUGAUGAACUGCAUUUAUUGUUUAACAUAACUCACGAUCAUGUCCCAGAGGAGAAUUUGAAAAAACACGACUUAGGAGCUGUAGAGAAGUUGUCAAAAGACGUGAUAAAGUAUUGGUCUAAUUUCGCCAAGUAUGGUGAUCCCAGUUCAGACGACGUUGAGCAAUGGCCUUCUUAUGAUACUAACACCAAGAAAUAUGCUAUUUUGGACACUCCAGUAAAAGUGGGUGAAAACCUGAAACCGGAAACCACAGAUCUUUUAAAAAGAGUCAUUCUUAAAGGACGAUCAAAUGCUAAGCAUGAUGAAUUAUAGCAAAAAUAGUUAUUAAUUGUUUUGUAAUGAUCCCUUUCCAUGACCUGUCACUUAUCUACGAGGGUUGUCCCAGAAAUACGCAAACAUUUUCAAAAUAUUUUUAUUACCUUAUAUUUAUAGUGUUCAGAUUGGCAUGAAUCAUUAUCAAAAUUAUUUACAAGAAUGAAUUUUGCAUCAUUCUUUAGUGCUCCUGUAUAUGAGAUAGCUUUAAAUGUUUGUAUGUUUUUAUUUAUCAUCAUUAAAUUUUUCGUUCUUUUGAAACCUAUAUAUUAAGCUCAUACGCAAUUAGUUGUACCAAAGAACUGAUGAAUUUUUUUUAACCAAAGACAUAAGAAUAAUUUAAGUUUCGUACUUUUGAAGAAAUACAUAAUUUAAAAUCAUUUUUAUCUCGCACUAAGAAUACGAGACAUAAUGACGUAGGCUCCAAUCCAAACCCUGGAUGCAUAGCUUGAAAUAAAUAUAUUUUUCUGGACUUAAUAUGGCAGUAAAUAACGUAUAAAUAAGUCGGCUUUGAACAAAAUAUAGUUGAAGAUUGACUUGUAAUUGAUGUGUAUAUCGAGACUUAAUUUGGUUGUAAAUGGUGUAGAAUGGAAUGUUUUAAAUAUUGAAUAAAUAAAGAUUUA